UCAGAGGUGACGCGCGUGAACGCUCCCAGUAUCCUGCUGGUUGUUAAGCCAACGUCAGCGGCUGUGAGGGGAAACAACACGGGCUAAUCCUUUCACGUUGCGCUGAAUGUCGAUUUUUUUUUUAUGAAAAACGACGUGGGGAGGAGAAAAACCAUCCGAGAGAGACAGGUGUCCUGGUGUUGAAGAGGACAUUUCUUUAUGUAAGGCCUUCUGAGGACUGAGCAGGUGAUCUGAACACUAUGGAUGGCUAUGGGUUCUCGAGUCCGGUUCUGGGCGAGGACCACUCCGUCAUGGCACGCAUGCAGAAGAAAUUCUGGAAGACGAAACAGGUUUUGAUCAAGGCGACGGGAAAGAAGGAGGAUGAGCACGUGGUGGCGUCGGACGCCGAUCUGGAUGCAAAGCUGGAGUUUUUUCGUUCGAUUCAGACCACCUGCACAGAGCUGCUGAAAGUGAUUGAAAAAUACCAGCAAAGGAUCACACGCCUGUCUCAGGAGGAGAACGAGCUGGGACUGUUCCUGCGCUUCCAGGCCGAGCAUGACAAAACUAAAGCGGGAAGCAUGAUGAAUGCCACGAGCAAGGCCCUGUGCACCUCCGCCAAACAGAGGUUGGCUCUUUGUGCCCCGCUGCAGCGGAUGGAGCAAGAGAUGGAGACGUUUCGGAGGAGGGCCAUUGCCGACACGCUGCUGACCGUGACCCGCAUGGAGAAGGCGAGGACGGAGUACCGCGGUGCUCUGCUCUGGAUGAAGGACGUCUCCCAGGAGCUGGAUCCCGACACCUAUAAACAGCUGGAGAAGUUCCGCAAGGUGCAGGCACAGGUGAGGGGAACAAAGGUGCACUUUGAUAAGCUGAAUAAUGAUGUGUGUCAGAAAGUGGACAUGCUGGGGGCAAGUCGUUGCAACAUGCUCUCUCAUUCCCUCUGCACUUACCAGACAACACUCCUGCAGUUCUGGGAGAAGACAGCAAACAUCAUGUCUGGCAUCCACGAAGCCUUUAAGGGAUACGUGCCAUACAACUUCACCACCCUGAAGGAGUUACGGGACCCGUUGGAGCACCUUUUGGAAGGUCCGUCACUGGAGGACAACAAGGAUAAAGAAAAGGAAAUGAAUGCAGACAAACUUGUGUCACUGGAGGAGGAAAAGACUGGAAAAUCAGCGCUUGAAGCUGGUUCCCUUGCAGGUUUUGAUCAGGACCGAGAUUCUGACAGCUCUUUACCAGCAAGUUUAGACUCGGCUUUGUUUGAGCUCUCGGGCCCCGUCAGAACAAUCACCACGGAUGAUGACCUCUUAGUCAUGAACCCUGACCCCACCCUGAGCCAUGCCAUGACCCCAACUCUGCCUAUACCACAGCCUCAGAGCCACCCAGCGACCGCACUGCCCUCUGCGGUCCAGUGGGACGUGUCUCAGGGGCAAAGCAUGGAGUCCUUUGUCACUAGACCACUGUCUGAGAAGGUUGGCAGGGAUUUGCUCUCGGGUCUCGUGCCACACACUGGCCCGGAGGAGGAAGAGGCAGAACGAGGUGACCUGUACUUCCUGCAGGAUCUGCUGAGUCCUGGAGCCUCCAGCGGAACAGAUGACUUCAGUAAGGCGUGGCAGGACGCUUUCGGCUGCUUUGAGGCCCCUGCGAGUGCCCCCUGCUCCACAAACGCUGCUGCAGCAAGCAGCACCGCCCCAAUUCGCUCUCCCUCACAGCCUCCGAGUCCCACCGGCUUCCUGCCUUCACAGCUCCUUGACCAUGGGAUCAGCACCACCGGAUGGAUGACUCCUCCCAUGUUUAAAACCCCUCCCCUUCCAGCUCCGCCCACUCCGGGUCAGGUCCCGGCUGCGCAGAACAGCUCCAGAAUGUUGGAUAACGCUCCUAAAGGUGGAGCUCGGGACAUGUCUGCGUGGUUUAACAUUUUCGCUGACCUGGACCCUCUUUCCAACCCCGACGCUAUCGGACGAAACGAUGAAGAGCUGCUUAACGCCUGAGGGGUUUCCUCAGUCACUGUACAGGAAAAAAAAAAACAGCUGGAUAUUCUUUGUGCUGAGUCCCAUUGAGCCAAGGAUGGAUCCGGAAAAACAUGGAUCAGCCGUUAUCUCUGUGUGUGUGUGUGUGUGUGUGUGUGUGUGUGUGUGUGUGAGAGAGAGAGAGAGAGAGAGAGAGAGAGAGAGAGAGAGAGUGAGUGCAAAUCCGCUUUACAUUUCCUCAGCAACGUGGGUUUAAAAAAUAGUUUUUUAAUGAAGCCUGCACUAUAUAUUCAAUAUGAAUCUUGUGAUGGAGGUUGAAAGUUUACGAUAAGGAUGAAGAGUCACUGAGGGGAAAUUAAGGUGUUUGGAGAUUGUAUUCUACACCGGUUAGCAAGCUAUACAUGUUUUGUAAAUAAUCACACGAGAAACGCUUACCCAGUCGGAAACGUUUAUUUUUAAUCAGCUGUAGAUUAUUUUACAGACAGGUCUCCGUCCGUCUGUCUGAAUGCUAGGCUCGCUACCCUAUACACAACUACAAGGGUGGCGGGGGGGUUGACGACACAAGUAAAACUGGAAGAAAACUGGCUAUAAAAAAUUAAAGCUAGAAUCAGGGAUUUCUGAUUAUGAGCAUGGGUGUUAAAAAAAUAAUAAAAAUCAUAUAUUUUGGCCUAUAUUUAAUCACAAAUUCAUGGCCAGAAACAAAAUAUCACAGGUCCCUGGUUGUGGCUUUAAAUAAAAGAUAUAAAACAACAAAUAUAUGUAUACUCGUGUGUUGUUGCACAGUAUUUGCUUUGGAAAUGAGAGAUUCUUAUAUUUAUUAACCUUUCAAUUCAAUUAACCUGCUUUAAGGUGAGUACAUGAAGUUUAAGUGGUUAACUGGAUGGAAAGGGGUGUGUGUGUGUGUGUGUGUGUGUGUGUGUGUGUGUGUGUGUGUGUGUGUGUGUGUUGAAUUUUGUAUUAUAUCUGAAUUUGGUAUUUGCCACCACAAGAUCUCCAGCAACCUAUACAGUUAGGUUCAAAAGUUGGUGCCACCUCGUCACUAAAUAAAAUGAUAUGGUAAAGAAAUUGAAUUUCAUGUAUUUAGUUCAUUCAUCUGUGAAUUAUCACAUGUAAUUAAUAUAUAGUAAUAGUAUAUUAUAUAAAGAGGUUUAUAUAAGGUUUUUUUUUUCCUUUUUGUCUUCUGUCUUCUGGAGAGCGAGUGUAAGUAGAUUAGUGUCCAAGAGAACAAUACUGGGAAAAUUCUAUGCUGUUUGGGUGGAAGGGAUAGCGUUACUCCUGUCAAUCUGAGCGUUAUCGACCAAUCAUGUGUCUCCGUGAGCUCAUGUAUGCGGAAGAGGGCAGAUAGCACUGCUCUCCGGGUGACGUAGAAUAAGCGGAAAACAUGCACAUGCUAGCUGUUAGCAAUCUAUUUGAUGGGGAGAGGUAAGCUAUUUGGCAAAAUGGCCAAACAAUUAAAAACAGUAUUAAUCAUAAUAAAAAUACAAAAAUAAAUAAAGGGGCACAAACUUUUGCAUGGAAAUAUUUUACUUUCAUAUAAGGCCUACAGCUGCAGGCUUUUAUUCAAACCACACAUCUGAUUCCACCCAUAUGUGAAUAUAUCAAUCAUUCAUGUCUGACCUUUGUUUUUUUUUUUUUUUGCGGGUGGGGUUGGGGUGGUUGUUUAACAUUUGUAAAUGUAUUGGCACCUAUUGGUUGAACUCUACCGAUCUCUUGUAUUCUUAUUCAUUUGUUUCACGAAUGUAUGCAAACUGAUAAAACAACUUUACAUUCCACUCAUGCCUGAAUGCACACACCAAUACUUUUUUCUGAAAUGUAAUAAUGUGAAGAAGAAAAAAAAGAUUUCUAUAUUGCCUUGCACAUUUCAUUGUUUUUAAAACCUUUUUAACUUCACAAGCAUAAAGAAUGUACCCUGCACCACACAUGGCUGCAUUUGACUUGAUUUAUUUUAUGCAAGUAAUGAUCCCCCCCCCCCCCCCCCCCCCAACUGAUCAUGUAACAAUUUACAACAUUAUGAACAGAUGAGAUCUUUACAGUGACUGUACUCAAGUGACAACCGACCAGACGAUAAAAUAAAUAAAUAAACUCCUUGUAUUUGA